GAAGUCCGUGCCGUCGACCGAGCUGGCCGCGGCCGCCCCCGGUGCCUGCGCCCAGGCUGCUGGCACGCAGCCGCCCGGGGCCGCCCGGUGGCCGUCGACGAUGCGGCUGACGCCCGACGCGCUCACGGCCGCUGGCCUGGACGGCGGUGGCUCCGUCGGCGGGACCGGCUGGGAGGUGCGCAGCGCCACCGUGGACGACGACAGCCGAUCCGAGCUGGGCAGUUGCAUCGGUUCGGUCGUCGACGUCAACGUCGACGAUCUGGUUAACGACAUCUUCGACCUCAAUGGCGGCGACCACAGCAGAUCCGAGCGGGGACCCCUGCCUGGACUUCGGCGUGGAGGCCAGCGGACCGCUGAUGGACAAGACGCUGUCCGCGCCCGUCACGCCGAUGAAGGCCUGUCGCGCGCCUCGCGCGUUUGCGGGGGCGCCUUUGCGCGGGUCGGCGUCAAGCCGAGGAUUUCUGUGGCGGCCAGCCGUGUUGCCAGAGCGUCCCGCUGCUGGGGUCGUUCGGCCGUUCGCGCCAGGGAGCCCAGCUCCGCAGAUGAAAACGUCCGG